CUCUUUCCAUCGCUUAAAAGAGGUUGAAGCCGCUGCUCCUUUAGCUCCCUCUAUUCUCCGCCGUCACCUAGAGUAAAAAAAGAGAGGAAGGUUGAACACCAUGGCGUACGCAGCGAUGAAGCCAACCAAGCCAGGUCUUGAGGAGCCACAGGAGCAGAUCCACAAGAUCAGGAUCACCCUCUCUUCCAAGAACGUCAAGAACUUGGAAAAAGUUUGUGCUGAUUUGGUUCGCGGUGCUAAGGAUAAGGGGCUCAGGGUGAAGGGUCCAGUGAGAAUGCCUACCAAGGUUCUGCACAUUACCACCAGGAAGUCUCCCUGUGGAGAAGGUACUAACACAUGGGACAGAUUUGAGUUGCGUGUGCACAAGCGUGUUAUUGACCUGUUCAGCUCACCUGAUGUUGUGAAGCAGAUCACCUCCAUUACUAUUGAACCUGGUGUCGAAGUGGAGGUCACAAUUGCUGAUCAAUAAACAGUUCACUUUAAGAUUCCGUCUAGCUUUCCUAGUUAAUUGGAAAUGUUCUAUCCAUGCUGUUGUUCUUUUUCCAUUUUGAAGUUGAAGACUUGGUAGUGUUUGCAAUUUUCCUGGGAUGAUGGUUUUGAUAUGAGCAUGUACUUCAAUGCAUAUUUUUAAUAUUUAAUAGAAGUACUAUUAUUGC